GAGCGAACUGAUUGCAAGAACGAGAUUUGCUUGCUAGCAAUCUGCUCGAGUGUCGAGGAUCCCUGUCCUGAUAGAAUUCCAAAACGUUACUUCAAGAUGAACAAUUGCAUGGCAACCAUUAUUUCAAUCGCCCUUCUUCUGGGUAACUCUGUCAAGCUCCGAGCUUCCGUUACUGGGCCGGUUCCCUCGGACGGUGAUGGUCCUGCGUCUCAGGUGUGUCAGCAGUGCUGCCAGGGACCUGCUGCAAUACCCGGCAUACCAGGUCUGCCUGGACCAGCAGGACCGAUGGGGCCGUACGGUCAGCCGGGGUCAAAGGGCGAUGCGGGUCAGCAAGGUGAGAUUGGCCCUAUUGGACCUAUGGGUGAGCGGGGAGCACCUGGGAACACUGGGUCUAAAGGUGAUGAUGGGAUUGGCCUGCCUGGCAAGAUAGGUCCCAGAGGUAUACCAGGUAUCGUUGGAAGAAUCGGAGAAACUGGUGUCAAAGGUCAGAAGGGUGAGCCAGGACAAACACCAGACGACUCCAACCAGCGGGUAGCAUUUACCGUGGUGAGGACGAGUACCUCGGAUACCUCUACGAGUCACGACACCCGUUUGCCAUUCCAGGAGACCGAGACGCUUUUGCCGGGUACCAGCUUCGAUCUUGAGACUGGCACAUUUACCUGUACAGUGCCGGGCACCUACGUGUUUACAUUUUCUGUGCUUUCACACAGUAUCCUGUACAUGCAUCUGAAGAAAAACAACGACUGGGUUGUCACUGGAUUUAGCGGGGAUUCAACUAAUCAAGAGCAGGUGUCGGGAAGCGCGGUGCUGGUGCUGCAUCGUGAAGACACGGUGUAUCUUACCAUACGCGGUCGGGCGGGUAGUAACUCAUAUCACUACAUCUCAUUCAGUGGCUUCCUCCUUUACCCCGAAUAGACAAACAUGAUAACCACGCCUAGUAUAUGCACGAUCACACACAUUGCCGAAUUUUCAAUCGCUCCACCGUCUAUCCGAAACAACAUCUAAUUAAUGAGUAAGUGUAAAAUUAAAUUUCCUUCAAUUUUAUCUAAAUAAUUCAGUUGAAUACUCUGUUACAUGUACUUUAAUAAGUGCAUACGCAGAACAGUUUUACGGCAUUGGAUUAACACAUGGUUUUGAAUGCUUAAUAGUAGCACCGUAUGGUAUCGUUUAAGUAACAUUUAAAACAAAUCUUACAGCCUACUUAAAAGUACUGAAAUUAUAUUAUCCUGAUUGAAACGUUUGUAUGUGUGUCUAAUAAUGUAGAAAUAGAAGAGUUGUCAUUAAAAAAAAAUCGUAUAGUAUGUUUUUCCUUUUUUUUCUCGAAUAAGGUAAACAUUACAUUCACUGUCAAGCAUACAUUGUUAUUUGAGAGAUACUCCUGUAUAUUCAAAUGCAUUUUGGUCAUGGAUUUUUUUCUUUAUAGGAAAUGAAUUUAAAAUCCGACUAAGCAGGCGACGAUUAGUUUACCAAAGUUCAAAUUCAAAAUAAAUACAAAUCAAUAAAUCUGUCACUUGUAAUUACCAUUCACCUGAAAACAAACGUACCGUUUGCCCUUUUGACAAGAUGCGCUGAGAGAUUGCGAACGUUCACUCAGGUUUCUGAGUUUUGUUGUUUGAUCAUGCAUGCCUCAGACAUCAGCACAAAACUGAUUUCCCA